GACAAUGGCCACCUCUCUUGCGUGCUACAGGACGAAGAAGAUACGGAGGCCAUCUGCAUGCGCAUCCUAGAUGUCCGCGCGUUGGACGACAAAACGCCCGUCCUCAGUCUCAUCUACGCAACUGGGACCUCAAAUGCCCCCAUCCAGGACACCCUCGGCUUCAUUCAGGCCCAUGCAGAGCAGGGGUAUAUCGUCCGCAUCAAGUGUACCACGCAGGAGCAGGCCUUGCUCCGCAAGCUGCUCUUCAACAACUCUGAGAAGGUCUCGCCGGACUUCAAGCCGCAGCGCGAGGAGUACGAGAAGAAUUUCCGGUCGAGCUUCCUACUACCUGUUCGCGUGCUCAGCCAGGUCGAUAUCGGGAAGUUGACGAGCGAUACUGGGUGUGCUGUGUGUGGGAACAAGACGACGAGUCGGUGUACGGGAUGUCUUUCAAUUGCGUACUGUGGGCAAGCUUGUCAGAAGGCGCAUUGGAAGGAGCACAAGGGCUUCUGCAAGACGAUACGAGGGGGUACGUGGCGCACCAUGACGUUCGGCCAACACUUCCAGGUCGGAGGCCAGGUCAUGUCCGCCGUGUCCAUCAACCACUCCUCGGGUAAGGCGAAUACACCUAUCAACAAGAAGAACGAGCCGCCCGCAAAUGUGCACGGCGACAAGCUGUUCCUCGUCAAGAUUCAGCGGCCUCUCGUUCCAGACCUCACCCAGCAAGCGAUGAUGAUGGUGUACGACCGCAAUAGGACGUUCGAAGGGUAUAUCAUCCGGCGGGACAACACCGGUGUCUACGAGGAGGCGAUGGCGCAGAUGCCGUACGGGACGCAGAAGCUCAAGAUCUACCGCUGGGCGAAGCGCGUCGGCGACUGGCAGCUGAGUGUCUGCCUAGACCGCGAGCCCGAGCAGGUUCCCCAGUGGUGAUCGAUGCGCUCGUCCCCGAAGCUUACCGGAUCUUGCUGUUCAACUGCUCCAGUGCGCGGCUUCUCCAAGGCGUGUCGCGCCACACCUUGCGCUAGACCGUGCUGGGUUGUGGGUACAAAGUGUAUGUCGGGCGGGCGUCAUCGUGACAGGUACAGAUAGGAAUGACAAUAGUGGAAACUUGAAAGCAGAAGCGCGCUCUUCGAAGCGCCGCCAUUCGCAGGCGAUAGCACUGGACUCCCGCCUCGUGGUGAUACACGCGUUGUGGUGUGUGUUGUAGACUGCCCAAGGGUCUUAGAGAGGUCGUUGUGAAAGCUGUUGGCUGCAUUGUCCAACAAAAGCAGGGGGAGCAUGAACAAUG